AUGGCACGCGUUUUCUCUCUGCAAGGAAAAGGAUUGAAGCUCAACACGAGAGCCGAUAUCGAGCCAUACCUCAAGGACGUCCCAACAACGAUCGAGGAGAUCCACCUCGGAGGAAACACCGUCGGAGUGGAGGCGGCGCAAGCACUUGCAGAGUUUCUCACAAAGACGACCGCUCUCAGGAUUGCUGAUUUCGCAGACAUCUUCACCGGACGUCUGAUCAGCGAGAUCCCACAAGCACUUUCCGCUAUUUGCGAUGCACUCAUACCCAAGACUACCCUUAUAGAGAUCGACCUCAGUGAUAAUGCUUUCGGCGGACGAUCCGUAGACCCAAUGGUUCCCUUCCUCUCGCAGAACCGCUCUUUCCAAGUCCUGAAGCUGAACAACAACGGCUUGGGACCUGCAGGUGGCGCAACUGUGGCCGAAGCUCUGCUGCGCUCCGCUGAGCUCAGUGCCUCGAAGGGCGAGCCCUCUAACCUCCGCAUCGUCAUGUGCGGGCGAAAUCGUCUAGAGGACGGUUCCGCACCCGUGUGGGCCAAGGCGCUUGCUGCACAUGGUCGACUGGAGGAGGUGCGCAUGCCGCAGAACGGUAUCCGUAUGUCGGGUUCAGUCGCGCUCGUACAUGGGCUCUCAGGCUGUCCGCGACUCGCCCAUUUGGACUUGCAGGAUAACACGUUCGGCGACGCCGGCUCGUCGGCAAUGGCCGCGUCUCUGCGGUCGUGGCCCGCGCUGAGGCAUCUGAACCUGUCCGACUGUGUGCUUGCAGAGGAGGGUGCUGUGUCCCCAAUUGUAGAGGCACUUGCGGCUGGAUCGAACCCCAAGCUCGAGGUACUGCAGCUGCAGAACAAUAACUUGGAGACGCAGUCGUUCGCCCUCCUUGCGCAGGGCGUCGAUAUGCACCUGCCGGUGCUGAAGACGCUUGAGGUGCAGUGGAACGAGAUUGAAGAAGAUGACGAAGGCAUCGAGGCGUUGCACGGAUCGUUGAAGAAGAGGGGAGGAAGGCUUAUCGUUGAAGAUGAGGAGGAGGAGGAGGAGGAGGAAGAGGAGGAAGAGGAAGAGGAAGAAAAAGAGGAGGAAUCCAAAGCCAAGGAAGAAGAGGAGGCAGAAACGAAUCCUACUCCUCCUGUACCCGCACCGAAGGCUGCCGCUAAGGAUGCGGCGGAUGAACUAGCAGAUUUGAUGGGCAAGGUCGAAAUUCGGUGA